AUGCGUCAAUUGAUUGAUGAUGAGAAGAGAAAGGAGGGAAGAAGGAAUGUGAUUGUGAAAGAUAAGGAAGAUGAACGAAUGAGGUUGAUCCACGUUGCUCACUAUGAUGGGUUCAGUGAAAAGAAAGAAGACCAAGACCACUCACUCAGGUGA